UAUACGACGUGUUGUUGUAAUUGCACAAAGUUCUAUUGAUUUUUAUCCGUUUCAUUUGCUUAAAUUCUGAAAAAAAUAUUGUAUAAAAUGUUUAAUAUUAAAUUUCGUUGAAAGUUUUAUAAAAGAAACAUCAUUUCAGAAAAGAUUUUAAAUAAAAGAAGUGUGUCGGCAUAAAGUUAUAGUUAAAGAAAGUGGACGGCGCACUAAAGACCAUGGAGUUGGCAACUUUUGAGUUAAGUCCAGAGGCCUUAAUUGGUUCCUUAUUUGCAUUGGGUGCCUUAUUUGUAUUUUGUCGUAGCCUGUUGAUUGAGGAUGUUAUAUGUAUACCCGGUAAAAGUAAACAUGGCUGGAAAUCCAUUAAAAUAUUAGAUAGAGCAUGUUAUUGUAACGUAUGCGAAAUCUUAUUAACACCCUCGGCGGGUGUUUUCUGUGAUUGCUGUGGCAUUUGUUCACACACCUCGAGGUCUUGUACGCGUAAGGCGGAUAAACUGUUUAAGUGUAAAGAGAAAUGGGUACGAAAUGAAAAAUCUAUGCGACAUUUAUGGGUCAAAGGUAAUCUGCCGUUGAGUGCUGUAUGUGAUGCCUGCGGCGAUGAAGUGGAAGAGGUGGGCCUGAGCGGAUGGCGUUGUGCUUGGUGUCAUCGCUGCUACCACAACAACUGCUAUAAACGUAUCGAUAUGCGUGGUGAAUGUGAUUUUGGGGAAUUUCGUGAUAUGAUAUUUCCACCCUAUUGUAUAGUGGCGGCACGUACACGUGAAUCGGUUCGUUUGCAUUUGGCCGGUAUAAAACCACCAACUAUUGAGAAUUGGGAACCAUUAAUUGUGAUCGCCAAUACGAAGUCGGGUAGCAGUACCGGCUCAGAUGUUGUAUCAUUGCUACGUGGAUAUUUACAUCCGUUGCAAGUUAUGGAACUGGGUUCACGUGGUCCGCAAGAUGCUAUGCAAUGGGCGGCAAAAGCUAGUCCCAGGCCAUGUCGAGUUUUGGUGGCUGGUGGUGAUGGCACCAUAGGUUGGGUGCUGAAUACAAUAUAUACUCUCAAUAUUAAGCCAAUACCCGCAGUUGCCAUAAUGCCCUUGGGCACUGGAAAUGAUCUCUCACGCAUUUUGGGAUGGGGAGCAGAACCUCCUUCCACACUAGAUCCGGUGAAAAUCCUUAGAAAUAUUAGAAAAGCACGUUCGAUAAAUCUUGAUCGUUUCGACUUAAAAAUCGAAAAACUACACUAUCGUUUACCCAUACAAAGGCAACCCAUUAAAACGGUACAUGUUUAUAAUUACUUUAGUGUGGGCGUGGAUGCAUUAGUCACUUAUAACUUCCACAAGACUAGAGAGUCAAAGUUUUAUGUCUUAAGUAGUAGGAUAUUUAAUAAGUUAAUCUAUUUCGGUUUUGGCACUCAACAAAUAGUGCAACGUGAUUGUGAGGGAUUAGAGCAAAAAAUCGAUUUAUAUUUAGAUAAUGAAUUAGUUAAAUUGCCAGAAUUACAAUCGAUUGUCUUCCUAAAUAUUGAUUCAUGGGGUGCUGGUUGUAAAUUAUGUGAACUUAGUAAUGCCGAUGAUUCGGUGAAAAUUAUCAAUUCCAUUUCGGAUAGAACUAUGGAAGUAUUUGGUAUUGUCUCUUCUUUCCAUAUUGCCCAAUUGCAAAUGGGCAUUAGUAAGCCGGUAAGAAUUGGUCAAGCUAAAAAUAUAAAGCUGGUAGUUAAAACUACUUGUCCCAUGCAGGCUGAUGGUGAACCCUGGAUGCAAGCACCGGCUGAUAUGCAUUUACAAGCUAGAAGUCAAGCUCGUAUGCUAAAAUUAGAAACUUAAUACAUAUUUCGUAAACAUUUCAACGUUUAAAACGAUUUUCUUAUUAAUAACUUAAUUUAAGUCUAAAACAACAAACAGGUCCAUUAACUUUUAAAAGAAAGAAAAGUACCCAAGUACUUAAAUUAGUAACAUAUUUAUAUACAUAAUUUUAUUUAGUUAUUUAGAUUGGGUGUUUUUUGUGUAAAAUUUUCUUAAAAAAAAGCG